AUGGGCCUCAAAUCACCCAUUCCCAUCCAGGACCUCAAGUUCAACAAGCCGGUUCCUUACACUUUACACGUUGACCGGGAAUUGCUCAGCUUGACAACACAAAAGCUGGACCUCGCGCGUUAUCCAGAGGAGCAGUCGGACUUUGGUGAGGAGAAUUGGGCCCAGGGUGCCAAGGUGUCAAGAGUCAAACAGCUUGCUGAAUUUUGGCGAGACGAAUACAGUUGGGAAGCUGAGGAGCGCCGCCUCAACGCAGCCUUCAACCACUUCUUGGUCAAGAUUGACGUCCCGGGAUAUGGGCCCCUUGUCCUGCACUUCACGCACACGCGCUCCUCGCGCACAAACGCAACCCCCCUGCUUUUCUCGCACGGCUGGCCCGGUUCAUUUGUCGAGGCUGUCCGUGUAGUGCCCCCGCUCACUGAGCCAGACAGCACCGCAGACCCAGCCUUCCACUUCGUCGCACCCUCGAUCCCCGGCUUCGGGUUCUCGCCCGCGCCUACGAAAUCUGGCGUCGGGCCUAAUGUGGUUGCCCGCGCCUACAAAAUCCUCAUGACGGAGGUCUUGGGCUAUCCGACCUUUGUCACGCAGGGCGGAGACUUUGGCUCCUUUAUCACCCGCUCCAUCGCGAUCCAGUACCCCCAGAUCGUCCGCGCCCAGCACUUGAACAUGUUCCCCGUUGCGCCACCAACACUCACCUCAGCCCCGCUGGCCUACCUUCGCUGGUGCCUGUCCGGUGUGGCGUACUCGCCCUUUGAGGUCGAGGCACUCCGUGUCCGCAGCAACUUCGAGAUUGACCAGAGCGGCUACCUGGAGCAGCAAAAGACUCGACCUCAGACGCUUGGGUUUGCAUUAGGCGACUCGCCCGUUGGCCUCCUGGCGUGGUUUGUGGAGAAGCUCCAUGACUGGGGCGAUGUGUACGAGGCGUUUAGUGACUCGGAUAUCAUCACGCUGGUAAUGAUGCACUGGAUCCAGGGCGCAACACCGGGUCUGAGAUUCUAUCGCGAGGCUUUUGGCCGUGGGAUGCGCGAAGCGGAGAAGACAUUUGAGGUGUACAUUUCUGCGCCAACUGGGGUCAGCAUGUAUGCUAAAGAGCAGCUGCACUGUCCUCGAGACUGGGCGGCGCAGGCGGCCAAUAUCCAGUACUGGAAGGAGUACGAGCGAGGAGGGCACUUUUCAUCGCUGGAGCGACCGGAUCUCUUUGUCCAGGACUUGCGCAGCUUCUUCUCCCAGCCAUCUGUGCUCAAGGCCAUUCACUCCAAAUAG